AUGACAACAAUUCUUGCUGCAGUCUCCAAGCUGAGAGGAUGUGUUAACCAUAUUGAAAAUAAGAAUCCUAGCAAUGCUUCCGAGCAAGACAUUUUAAAUCAAGCGAAGACGUUAUUAGAACAAGAUAUCAAAUACAACAAAGGAUUCAAAUUUGAUCAUGUCUGGCCUAUUCUUAAAGAUACUGAGAAGUUUUCAAAUAACCACACUAGUAGAGCCGCUGCAUUCCCAGAAGAAGGUCGUAAUGUUAUGUCAUCAUCAUCAUUCCAAGAUGAGUCAUCGCCAUCAUCUGAUAUGAAUUCAUUUGAUCUAAAUAUGAAUAGUGAAGAAGCCACUGUUAAUAUAUCUCAGAGACCUAUGGGUAUGAAGAAAGCAAAGAGAAAACAACAAUCCGAUGAGCCAUUUAAACAAAUGAUGGAGCAAAAUGAUAGGCUUAUCAAAGCUAUUGCUAAAGGUACUUCUGAAAAAAAUGAGAUUCAAAGACAGAAGGUCGAGGUACAAAGAAUGAAACAAGAGAAUAAAAUAUUAUUCGCAGAUUUGAACUCUAUAACUGAUCCAGCAAGUCGUGAGUAUAUUAAAAAUCAAAGAGCGAUCAUUCUGAGGAGAAGGGCACCAACAAACCAAUAUGAAGAACACGGAGAAGGUUCUCAAAGUCAAUAUCAUGGAUCUCAAUAUCGAGCAUCCCGUUAUCAAGGAGAACAAGCUGAAAGAGAACAAGUUGGUGCCGAACAUGUUCAAGGACAACAACCUCAAGGACAACAAUCUCAAGGUGAAAACCAAAGAUCACCAAGUGACCAACAAGAUUAUACCCAGUAUUAUCAUUAUUUUAGCGGAACCGAAAAUAAUUAUCCUGGGUAUUAG